GUGUCUCCUCUCCGUCAACACAACAAUGGCGGAUACGGUGGACGAAGCUCUUCAGGGCAGCUGGGACCAGGAUCUAGCUGAGGCUCUGGACUCAGGAGGCUCUGACAUGGAGAUGGAGCGAGGCAUCAUCCAGGUCCAGGAGCAUUCAGCUCAACACAGGGCCAAGAUGUGGAAGAUCGCUCUGAAUGUCUCUGGAAAAGGAGACAGCCUGUCUCCCUGGGACGGCGUCCUCGAUUUACCAGAACAGACCCUUAUUCACAACCGCAGUCAACAGCUGAUUGACCAGUUGGAAGUAUCAGAGGAGGAGAGGAGUGAUAUGGUGUCUGAUGUGGAGUCAGUCAUCACUUUCUACUGCAAGUCCCGCAACAUCUCCUUCACCCCGGAGCUGAGCUGGCCGCACCUGCUCAAACCACUGCUGGGGCUUCGGCUGCCCCGCAGCGACCUCUAUAACUGCUUCUACGCCAUCAUGAACAAAUACAUCCCCAGGGACUGUGUGCAAAACGGCCGACCUUUCCACCUGUACAGACUACUGCUGCAGUACCACGAGCCUGAACUCUGCUCCUUCUUGGACACUAAAAAGAUCACACCUGACUCUUACGCCAUCAACUGGUUGGGCAGUGUGUUUUCCAGUCACUGCAUUCCUGACGUUACCCAGGCUUUGUGGGACUCCUACCUCCAGCAGGCUGACCCUUUCCUCAUCUUCUUCCUCAUGCUCAUCAUGCUCGUCAACGCCAAAGAGACCAUCCUUUCACAAGAAGGAGACAGCAAAGAAGACAUCAUCAAAAUGCUGGAAUCAUCUCCAUCUCACCUGGAAGCAGAGGACGUUGAAGAUUUGUUUUCUCUGGCGCAGUAUUACCAGAGCAAGACCCCUCUGUCACUCAGAAAGAUGAACCAGAAUUUGUUUGGUAGCAGCCUGGUGGCUCUGAAAGAAGAGGACACUGAUCUGAGUCAGGCGCUGUGUCUCCCUGUGUCUGUCCCUGAGAUCCUGCAGGCCAAUCAGCUGCAGCAGGAUGGGGUCCGCUUCUUUGUGGUGGAUUGUCGGCCUGCAGAGCAGUACAACGCUGGUCAUCUGUCCACGGCCUUCCAUCUGGACUCUGAUCUGAUGCUCCAGAACCCCUCUGAAUUCGCUCUCUCUGUAAAGUCCCUCUUGGAGGCUCAGAAGCAGUCUUUGGAGUCCGGCUCCAUCGCCAGCGGAGAGCACCUGUGUUUCAUGGGUAGUGGGAGGGAGGAGGAGGACAUGUACAUGAACAUGGUGUUGGCCCAUUUCCUGCAGAAAAGCAAAGAGUAUGUCAGCAUUGCAAAGGGGGGUUUCAUGGCGCUCCAGAAGCAUCUGGUAGACAUGAACAUCGAAGGUUUGGACUCUUCAUACCUCCACUGGAUCGUCAGCACGUCAGGAUCCCACAGCAGCCUCAGCUCUGCCGAUGGAGAGUCGCUCAGUAGCCCUGGGGACGGCAAAGGCGUCAAGUCUUUGGUCAACAAAAUGACAUUUGCUCUAAAGUCCAAGUCGGUGAACGUUAAGGAGAAGAUGAUCAGCUUUAUCGAGAAUACCUCUACCCCUGUAGACAGAAUAUCUUUCAAUCUGCCCUGGCCAGAGAAGGUGAUUCCAGAUCGGCAUGUGAGCAGCAGCGACCGUGUUGGAAAACCUUACCGAGGGGUGAAGCCAGUUUUCAGUAUUGGUGAUGAGGAGGAGUAUGAUACAGAUGAGAUUGACAGCUCAUCCAUGUCAGACGAUGACAGGAAGGAGAUUGUCAACAUUCAGACCUGGAUCAACAAACCAGAUGUAAAGCAUCACAUUCCAUGUAAUGAGGUGAAAGAAACUGGUCACAUGUUCCCCAGCCACUUGCUGAUCACAGCGACUCACAUGUACUGCCUGCGAGAGAUCGCCUCAAGGAAAGGCUUCGCCUACAUCCAAUCCAGACAAGCACUGAACUCUGUGGUGAAGAUCACAUCCAAAAAGAAGCACCCAGAACUGAUUACAUUCAAGUUUGGCACCAACAAUUCAGCUGGAGUGGAGAUAUCAGCAGUGGAGAGAUAUUUGAUACCCAAUGCAGGCGACGCCACCAAGGUCAUUAAGCAGCAGAUCAUGAAAGUCCUGGACGCUCUGGAGAGCUCGUAAAAAGGGAGUAUACGGGGUCGUGACGCCAGCCCUGACACAAACUGUUAAGAAGAGUCUGUCUGCCGAGAGUGAAACCUUCUCCCGCUCUCCCUCGGCUGUCUGUCCUGCUGCUGGACAGAUCCAGUGCGGUGUUGACUGUGAAGCACUGUGUGUCAGUGUUGGGGACGUGGUGGACACACUGCUGGUUGCAGGCCUGUGGGACAGGCUGCGUGUGUUCAAAUACUUUAGGUGCUCCGCAGUCAUCCAACCACUCUCUGACAUCAAAAAUAUUGGUUAUACUAUAUGUUUCUCUUUAUCAUUGGUAUAAAAAACAUGGGUUUUCAUAACAGUGCAAUUCUACUUUGGCAACUUCCCUCUGGCCUUAAGGUAGCGUACUGUUCAAUCACUACAUGACUGACCUUUUCCUUUAACUUAAGCAUCUCAAUUCUGACCCGUUUGGUUAGUAGUGAACAGUAUUGCAGCUCAGUCAUGUCUCUUAGUUCACCUCUCGGAUGUGUUGAGAGGAGAUUUAAUGAUCAUUGUUCUGGUCAGGAAGUGAGCAUGAGUCAGCCGCUUGGGUUUCCUACCGCAACAACAGUUUUUUAAAACUUUGAUUUUCCAGCAGGCCGCCUUAAAUACAAAUUAUUUGAGGAUGUUUAUAAAUACGUGAUGUAUAUAUCGUGCUCUAUAUCGCACAGACCUUUGCAAUGUCAUUUUGAAAGCAUAUCCUGAUCCUGUUAGAAUAUGCAGUGAAACUUAAAACCAGCUCACACGGUUUGAAGUUCUCCUUCUUUGUAGAGUAAGAAGUAUUCCUUCUACAGAGUUUCUGGAAGAUAAUUUAUUCUCUGCUUUACAUAUAAUUAUGAAUUAACCUCAUCUCAUAGCAGUCUGAUGUAGCUCUCAGAAAGUAUCGUUCACAGCCCCUCUGGAUUACAUUAGUAUUGCAACAGGAGCUUCGGUGAGUGGAGUUAUUAAGAGCCUGAGCGCCUCAGUAUUGUUCUAUCCCAUUCAGGUUCAGUAUGUGAAUGAUUUCCCCCCGUUGGAGGGAUAGUUCAUAUUUUUUGAAGUGGGGUUGCAUAAGAUGCUUAUCCAUAGUCUGUGUAUUACCUGCAGUAGAUGGCCGUCGGCAUGUUCCCAGUUUGGGGAAGCAGGCAGGAGUAUUGACACAGAAGCUAAGCAAUGUACCGCUGUUGACAGGAGCAGCAGCAAAAUGUAUUUAGCCACAUUAAAAAGUUAAAGUGUACGCUAUACAGUCAUGGAAAAAAAUAUUUGACCAGCCUUGUUUUCUUCAAUUUCUUGUUCAUUUUAAUGCCUGGUACAACUAAAGGUACAUUUGUUUGGACAAAUGUUAAUGAUUAAUGAUAAUAACAAAUAGCUCAUAAGAAGAGUUUAAUUUAAUAGCUGAUAUCUAGCCAUUUUCCAUGGUUUUCUUGAUAAUUAUUUUGGUUAUUAUCAAGAAUACAUAUAGCUAUUUUUGUUAUCAUUAUGUUUGUCCAAACAAAUGUACCUUUAGUUGUACCAGGUGAUGAAUGAAGAAGAAUUAAAAAAAUGGUUGUCUAAUCAUUUUUCCAUGACUGUAUUUAGAAUAGUUUCACCACUUUACCUUACUUUCAGACAACCUUUUCUGGUGGCUAACUGAAGCCAUUAUAACCAUCUUUGAUUUUAUUCAAAGACAUCAGACUUCAUUGACAAAAACAGUAAUUACCUCACAAAACAUGGAGUUGCCUCUAUCAGUUACUUUGUGUGACAUUGAUGAAUCCAAACUUAACCUUAAGACACCAAAGUCACAAAACAAUACAAACAGUCUUACCAGAUGAGGCAGCUGUAAAGUGGUUUCUGCAAGAUAAAACAACUGUUUUUGUCAAUGGAGUCUGGUGGCUUUGAAGAGAGCCAAAGUAACCACUUCAGUUUCUUUCACAUCAACUUAUACUGUAGGCAAUGCACUGACUGUGGAUAAAUACCUCAUACAACCCCAUUUUCAGAAAUCUCAACGGUCCUUCUAACCUGAUUAAAAAUGUCUAGAAGAAACAAAUCAAUGAUUAAAUUGGCACCUGGAAGGCUUUUACUGUAAUUGAAGCAACACCAUGCAAACUUCUACCUACUUAGAAAGAAAAGAUGGCUCUAAUAAAGGACUGUGCUUUGCACUUAUAGGCACAGCUUUGAGAGGAAUGAAAAGAUAAUUUGUAAAAAGAAAAAGUCAUUAUAUAUCUAUGUUUUUUCUGUCUUGUCCAUUGUAUUCAUCUAAACUAAGCAGCUUUAGUUUGCUUGCCACUGUUGCCUUCGGCCUCAUGCCUGUGAUGUGUGAUAUUGGCACCAGCAGUGGCAACAUAUCACAGUAUAUUGCUGCUGCUUCUCUAAUCUUAAACUCUGUUUCGGACUUUUUCUUGCUUAAUCAUUCAUUUGCGUUGAGUUGCCGUCUGGGUUUAAAGUCUCCAAAGUGAUGCAGCACCUUCCUGACAGCUCCAGUUGAAUCUUCUGUCCAGAGAGGCGUUUAUCCCUUUUUUUUUUUAAUUUCAAUGAGGGAAGGGGUCAACCUGACUAAAACAUAUGGCACAUUUAGAAUAUGGGACGACAAAAACUUGAAUUAAAGUUGCAUAAAUCUGGUCUCUCUUCUCUCCAGUCUUUCAUAGCAUUCCCAUGUAAUCCAUGCUUUGUGUUGUUACGUUGUGGUAUUUGUCAGUAUUGACUGGAACAUCCUCGAUCUGGAGUCUUUACAUUACUCGGUAACAUCACUGGCAGACGAUGUCACCACUAGUCAAAAUGCAACAUGUCUACAAGUGUGAUUUGCACCUUACUGUACUGCUAUUGUUUUCUAAGCGUUUCUGUUUUUAAUAAAUGGAGAAUAUUUGACUGCA